AUGAGGAUUACCGUGUUUCCAGGGUGCGAGCUUGACUGCGUUGCUGGCUAUUGGACAGUCCCUGAGUCGUUAUCACUUGUGUCUUAGGAUUCAGAUGCCUUUGAGCGCAAGCUAAAGAAGCUCAAGAGGCGCUUGCGCAAGGAGCAGAAUAAGAAAAUUGAUGAAUUAAGUUAUUCACUGAAGGAAAUGGUCCAAGCUGUCAAUAAACUAGAGGCUGUAGAGAAGGCAUAUGUGUUUUGACGCUUUUGUAUUUGUUCUUGUAUGUUGAGGAAUGAUACUUUUUACAUUCAGCUAUAACUUGUAGCGUUAUGUAACAAGAUAAAGAAUUAUCGUCAUGGUAGAAAAAGUAUUGAACGG